AUGAAGCUUCUCACACAGGUUGUCACUGUGUUCUUCUUUGGAGUUGGUGCUCUCGCGGAUUUACAGGAGCCGAAAACAUGCCUCAGGGAGCCCAAUGAUCCACCCCAGGCCCUAAAAAUCACUGAGGUGGUGGUCUGGGUCAAUGAAAAUGGACAGCCCAUUCGUACGGAAACUGUUCACGAUGCUGUUACCGCCAAACCAAAAGAACUCGUUAGUAGUCCCCGCGUCCGUAAGACUGAAGACAAUCGAGCCCGAAUUGACUUUUUUAAAAAGCUUCGUGUCCAUACUACCGUCCAAACAUUCGAGCAGUCGUUAGCGACUGCGACAGCCAGCGUCAUAGCUGAGCCACAAGAGCCGACAACUCCAGAGCCCCAUAUCACCGUCGAUAGAGUCCAACCAAAAGCACACCUCAAACCAGACCUUCACCCGCAUCCACAUCCCCAUCCACAUCUCCACCCUCAACCUCACCACCCAGACCCUCACCCGCAUCAUCUAAAGCCGCAUAAGUCUAGCCGCCAAUUCGGUGUCUCCUACUCUCCCUACAACGCCGAUAGAAGCUGCAGAUCCCAAGAGCAGGUAGAUAAAGAUCUAGACCAACUCUCUCAAUACUCCUACGUGCGCAUCUACGGCACCGACUGCGACCAAACGAAGACCGUCGCCCGCGCAGCCCGCAAGCACAACAUGCAAGUCUUCGCCGGCGUCUACGACCUCAGCGACUUCCCUUCCAGCCUCGACGCCUUCAAAGCAGCCGCCCUCGACCCCAACGGCCAAGAAGACUGGUCCGUCUUCCAUACCAUCGCGAUCGGCAACGAGCUCGUCAACGGCGGCCACAGCACCCCCGGCGAGGUCACCGGCGCCGUGCAGCAAGCCCGGAAUAUCCUUCGCUCGCAAGGCUACACCGGGCCCGUCGUCACCGUCGACACCUUCUCCGUCCUCCUCAAGCAUCCCGAGCUCUGCACCGUCUCAGACUAUUGCGCGGCGAACUGCCACGCCUUCUUCGAUGCGACGGCGCAGCCGCAUAACGCGGGCCCGUACGUGCUGGAACAGGCACACAGUGUGUCUGCUGCGGCGGGCGGGAAGAGAACUAUCAUUACAGAGUCGGGGUGGCCGCAUGCCGGGCAGGCAAAUGGGGCUGCGGUUCCGUCGGCGGAGAACCAGAAGAUUGCGGUUGAGAGCUUGAGGCGCAGUUUUGCGCAGAAAGGGGAUGGUCUAGUGCUUUUUACGGCGUUUGAUGACAAGUGGAAGGACGAUAACCGGUGGACGUUUAACGCGGAGCGGUUUUGGGGGAUGUACACUCGGUAG